ACUGCGAGCAUCCGCAGUAUCAGGGGGACUUAAAAGCCGUCAAUAUGAUUGAGCAGUGAGCGGAGAUCAGAGUUCGAAUCGGUAACAUUGCUUUAGGAUGUCAUCGAAUGACAAUGAUACAGUUCCUCUCACUACUGAUCUUCCUCUCUCUCUUCAUGAAGAUCUGUUCAAGUCAAAACUUUCCUGGGAAGCUGAUAUAAUAGCAGGAAUUUACUUAAUAAUCACAGGAUUCAUAUCAAUAUUUGGAAAUGGAUAUGUGAUUUAUUUGCCAAUCAAACGGAAAGAAAAAUUGAAACCUGCGGAACUGAUGACAAUUAACCUGGCAAUUUGUGAUUUUGGGAUGGCAGUUGGAGGUAAACCUUUCCUGAUCAGCUCUUGUUUUGCUCAUCGAUGGAUCUUUGGUUGGAUUGGCUGUCGCUGGCAUGGAUGGUCAGGGUUUUUCUUUGGAUGUGGUAGUUUAAUUACGAUAACAAUUGUAAGUCUGGACAGGUAUCUGAAAAUUUGCCAUUUACAAUAUGGUAUUUGGUUUCAAAGGUGGCAUGCCUUCGUAUGUUUGGGUUUCGCCUGGAUUUAUGCUGCAUUCUGGGCCACUAUUCCCCUCGUUGGCUGGGGAGACUACGCUCCUGAGCCUUUUGGUACAUCAUGCACUCUGAACUGGUGGCUUGCACAAGUCUCUGUGGGUGGACAGGUCUUCAUUCUGAGCAUUCUCUUCUUUUGCCUUGUACUUCCAACGGCUGUAAUAGUAUUCUCCUACGUAAAAAUCAUAGCCAAAGUAAAAUCAUCUGCCAAAGAAGUUGCACAAUUCGAUUCAAGGAUUCAAAGUAACCAUUUACUGGAAAUGAAACUUACAAAGGUAACCAUGUUAAUAUGCGCAGGAUUCCUGAUUGCUUGGAUUCCAUAUGCUGUUGUUUCAGUGUGGUCGGCCUUUGGUACUCCUGACUCGGUGCCAGUUAAAGUUUCUUUUGUACCAACCAUGUUUGCAAAGUCAGCAGCAAUGUACAAUCCUAUCAUUUAUCAGUUGAUUGACUGCCGAUGCAGGUUAAGGAAGGCUUCUAGCUGUUUCAGAUCCUCACAUUCAAAAUCGUCGCACCAGAAAUCUCGAACUGUCUCAGUGAUUGGAGAUUGUAAUCACGUAGAAGUGAAUGAAACUAAGCUGGAGAGCUGAAAUUGGACAGAAGAAAUUGCUUAGAAACUUUCCUCACAACUUAUCAAUUGAUAAUCAGUUUUUUUUUCUGGACAGAUUUCAAUUCAUGAAGACCAAAUUUAAAAAAUAAACAUGUCUUGAAAAUUAAUUAUACCACUUUGUAGGUACCAAUAUGGAAAACUUUGUAUUUUGCCUGUAUCAAUCUUGAUAACAUCAUGCAAAAUUAUUGGCAUAUAUUAUCAUGAUAGAGAUUUAAUGUUUUUCUUCCUGAAAAUUCUUUUCUAAACACGGUAGCAAUUGGUGACAUCUAAUUCAAUAUUCUAAAGUGCAAAUAUUAUGUAUUGCAUUGAAAGUACUGAAUUGCUUUAAGUAUAUUGAUGUGUUAUUUUCUACACAUGUUUAACAUACAAUCUUAUUCAUAGAUGUAUAGUUUUCUAGAUACGGACUAUUUGUGAUUGAUGGAACUGUCACUUUGUCACGUUGUGAUGAGUCAUCAUUAAAUAAAUAUAUUUGAAGAGUAAAUAAAUAAAUACACAGGUCGGUGCAAUGAAAAAUUAUGUAGCAUUAAUUUAUUUCCAAUAUAUUACUAUUUUAAGCAAAGAAUUAUUCCUUUUUCAAAAACAGCAAAGUAAUACUCAGAUUACUUAUUUUCC